UGUUAGUGACAGGACAGAUUGAGAUAUGACUGUAAACAGGAUGAGAGAGAGGGGAGUGACAUGCAGCAUCUUUCUGCUUCAGGAGGUUUUUCUUUGUCUGGGAAGUUAAUCUUCACGCUAAUCAGAAGUGUAAGGACAGAUGAUGUUGUUUAUUAAUCCACUAAUAAACUUUCUUCAUUAACUUUCGAUCAUAUUUUAAGAUGUCUGGCAUUAGUUCAAUGUCCAGAUAUCUUGUUUUACUGUUUUUAAAGUACAGUUAAGUAAAAAGUACAAAUUCUUUUUGCACCUACUUGGUGAUUUGGAUCCUACUCCAAAAUCUGAAUUUUCCGGAGCGAGCAGAACCUGCGUCGCUCUGCUGAUUCUGUUGUUCAGAUGAAUCCUGCCAUGCUGAGAUUCACACAAACAGCUGCUGUCACAUGUUAAACCCCCAAAACUCAUUGGUUCUGUGGAAAAGGGCACUUUAUUCAUCAGGGUGGUGUGCGCGUGUUGGACAUCCUCUCCUCUAUUCAUCUAAUUCUGUCAAAGCCAUUUCAUCGUGUUUUCAUGUUAUUAUCUUAAAGCAGGACAGAGUGAAGCAGUGAAGCCCGCUACGUUUUUAUCAGCAGAACUUCUCAGAUUUUCUGCACCGAGUCAGCAGACAGCGGCAUCGGGGACGUGGACGACCUGCCGGUUCCUCAGCAGAUCAGGAUCAGUAGCAUCACCUGCGAUUCCUUCAAGAUCAGCUGGGACAUGGAGAGCAGAGGCCGAGACCGGAUCACACACUACUUCAUCGACCUCAACAAGACGGAGAACAAGAAGGAGAACAAGUUCAAACACAAGGACGUCCCGACGAAGCUGGUGGCGAAGGCGGUUCCCCUCCCGAUGACGGUCAGAGGUCAUUGGUUCCUGAGUCCUCGCACGGAGUACACGGUGGCCGUCCAGACUGCCGCCAAACAGCCGGACGGAGAGUACGUCGUGUCUCAGUGGAGCGAGAUCAUCGAGUUCUGCACCGCGGAUUACUCCACUGUCCAUCUGAACCAGCUGCUGCAGAAAGCCGAGGCGAUCGCCGGCAGGAUGCUGCCGUUCACUGUCUUCUACAGAAACCAGCAGCAGGAGUACUUCCAACAGGACAGCCCCUCGUAUCGCUCCAGAGACGCUCAAUGUCGUCGCAUGCUGCCGGUGGUUAAAGAUAACAGCGGCAGUCACGGUUCUCCCAUCAGCGGCAAACUGGAGGGACUCUUCUUCAGCUGCAACACCGAGUUCAACACGGGGAAACCUCCCCAGGACUCCCCAUAUGGACCCUACCGCUUCCAGAUCCAAGCAGACCUCCUCUUCAACCAGAACACCAACAUCUACUUUGGGGAUUUCUACUGCAUGUACACAUCGUACCACUACGUCAUCCUGGUCCUGGCUCCUGAUGGCUCCAAAGGAGACGCCUUCUGUAAAGGAAGGCUGCCGGUGCUGGACAGGUCCAACAACUGCUUCCUGAGCUGCACUGUGGAGGAGGACAGCUCGCUGUCUUUCUGCCAUGCUCAGGACGUCAUCCUAGAGGUGAUCUACACAGAGCCAGUGGAUCUGUCUUUAGGGACGGUGACCCGGAUCAGUGGUCACCAGCUCAUGAGCCAGUCCACUGUCAACGCCAAGAAAGACCCCAGCUGCAAGAUCUGCAACAUCAGCGUGGGACGUUAGCUGAUGGUUGGACUGGACCAGCUAAUCUGCUAUUGACUGACAUGGUGGCGAGGAAGCUAACAAGUUGCUAACUGUGCUCAACACACACUCACUGUGGAACAUCAGGCUAGCAGUGCCUGGCUAACUAGCAUGCAAUGCUUCUAAGUGAAUACUAAAUCCACUUUUUUAACCUGUGAUGACACGUUCAGUUGAUUCUGGUGUUUUGUAUUCAUUGAACCAGAGUUACAGAUGUAACUGAGAGGAGGUCGCGAGCGUGUGACCAAUGAGAGAGCUGACGGGAAACCAGAACAUUAUUGAUCCCGGGGGGAAAUUGUUUGCAGCUGAAUGUCUCGCUGAUGAUCUGCUGAAGACUUUUUCAUUAAUACAUUAUUAAUUAACAUUAACAGAACACACAGUGUAACUGGAGCUGCUGCUGAUGGUGUUGUGAAGAUUUACCAGAUGUCUGUCAACAGCUCACUGUGACUGAGAUAUAAAGAGGAAAAACGUUUCAUCUGUCAAACAUGUUGGGGGUUUUGUGGUCUCAUGUUAAACUGAAGAUGUGAGAGAGUUUGAGUGAAGGUUGGAUGAUGACACAGAUGAGAUUUUAGUUGUGAUAUUUCAAAUUUGCAAGAUUAACUCUUAAAACUCUGAGAACAAAACUACACUUUACAAUUUGUGUGUGAGACAAAAGAGAAAUCCUUCUGUUGACUGUAUUUGGGCAGUGACCAGAACAAACAGUAGAAAAGUAACAGGGACGGUGUUUACUCAAACAGGGAAGUUAAUCACUAUCUAAUAAAUGCACAUUCUUUAUCAGUGGUGGGUGAAUAAACUCUGUGCAGACGGUCUCAGGUCAGUGAACCCGAAAAUCCAAUUUGUCAGAUGGACAUUUGAGUGUUCUCACUUUUAAUGCUGCCAAGUGAGAAGCACAACCAAAGGUUUCCUCUGUGCAGCUGUGAUGAGUCUGUCUGCAGUGACUGCAGCUCUCUGACGCUCAACAACAGUCACGUCACUAUGUACGAUGUAAUAAAAGGAAAAUAACACAGA